AUGACUGAAGCAAGAAUGUUCAUUAAGACUGAGCCUGACGAACCCAACAGUGACCAGAACCCUUUCAUGAUGUCGCAAUCCGGAUAUUCCAUGCAUAACCAAUUCGGGAACCCUAAUGAAGGGAUCGACCCCUCGGACCUGACAAUGCAGAACGGUGGAUUUAUGGGAAACUUCGGAUUCGGAAACCAGCAGAACAUGUCGUCCAGCUUCAACUUCGGGAACUCCGGAAUCGAUACGGAUGAGUUGUUGGAUUUGGAAAUUAACGGACAGAAUGGCGUUCAACAGAAUUACAUGCAGGAUCACCCAUCUAGCGCAGGCAUCGCUAUGAGUCAUCCCAGUCAGAUGUCGCAGAUGUACUCGAACACUCCAGAGGGUGGACCCAUACACAGCCCGUUCAUGCAGAGCAGCUUUAACUAUGACCACUUCCGCGGAGUGAACCAAGGACAGUUGAAUUCUUCUCAUAUCCAGAGCGCUGGCUCCCACCUGGAGCAAAGCUACCUCAAUGGCAAGGCUCGACCGAGUAUGCAGGCAAUGGACCGGGCAUCGAUGGAUGCCCGCAGCCCUAUGACUCCCAAGACUCCCGCCAUGGGUGGCUUGGCGCUCGGGACUCCAGAAUCCGGAAGUUUCCCUUCUCAGCCAAUUCGAACAGGCUUACAACACCGCCACCAGAAAACUCUCUCAAACCAAUGGGAUGGCACGCCCGGAAGUGCGCAAUCAUAUGCUGAGUCUCCCAUCUCAUCCCCAGGCCAUCCAUCUCAUCAUGCGGCGGCCAUCUCGGAAAUCCUCAAGUCAGGAAAGCAUGCUUCCUUGCCGGCCAAGGUUGAUGCUCACUUGCCUGGAGGUGGCCAAGACAUGGAAUCCCAGGAAGCCAAGCGCCGACGUAGAAGGGCCUCCCACAACCUGGUUGAACGUCGCCGACGCGACAACAUCAACGAGCGCAUCCAAGAUCUUUCUCACCUAGUACCCCAGCACCGUCUGGAAGAUGACAAGGUCCGCAAACAGCUUGUCAACAACUCUACCCUUCCUGGACCGGGAGGUACCCCCAACGCGGCCACUUCCCUUUUGGCCGGUGGGACAGGUCGGCGCGCUGCCGGAAAUAUCACUAUGGGUCUCCCGAUCGAAGAGAAAGAGAAGGGACCAAACAAGGGAGACAUCCUCAACGGCGCUGUCGGUUGGACGAGAGAUCUUAUGUGGGCUCUGCAUGUGAAGAUUCAACAGGAAGCCGAGCUUGCCGAGUUGAUCAGCAGCCUUGGAGGAACCUGGCCGUUUGAACAAACCGAGGAGGAGAAGCGGAUGCGCACCGAAAUCCUGGACGCCAUUGAGAAGAACGACCCAAGCUCAUUCCAAUAUAGCCGUGCACCCGGUUCCGGGCUGCGCGUUCCCAAGCACACCAAUAUCGCUGGCGAUGCAUCGUCAAAUGGUGCCUUGAGCCCCCAAAGCCUGAGCCCUCCAUUCAGCGGCUCCAACAAUGCCGGUCAGGCACAGUACUGGAACACCUCUGGGCAUGCCGGCAUGAGCUUCAAGGAGGAAGACGAAUACGUCAUGGAGAUGAACUAG